AUGAGCGGCUCCGGCUCGAUCCCAGCCACGCCGGACAGCGUGUCCGAUGGCACUCACGAGCUCUCGCUGCAAGCAUCGCCAUAUUCGGAAGACUCGUCUGUGGCCGGAACACCCAACGGCGAUGAGCUUGGCGACUCUCCUAAGCGAUUACCAUCAUUGAACACUUUUGCCGACCCUCGGAAUAUGAAUCCCAACUCGACUACGUUGGGAAUCCUGGGCAAGGCGAGACAUCCUCCGCAAGCAACUUCGUCUUUUGCGGGCGGCAUUGGAGCCAUGGACAACAGCGUCAUGGCCAAGGCACGAGCCCUUCAUCAGCAGCGAAUGCAAAAGGGCAUGGCAGCGGCGGGCAGCUCGCCUGUCUCACCGAUGCCCUCGCCCGGAGGCCCUGGUGCGCCCGGUUUCCCCGGCCUCCGCAUGCCCCCAACCAUGCAGCGUCCUGGUGCCGUGCCGCACCCCAGAUCGGCACCUAUCCUGCCAAAACCAUCUCUUAGUGAGAGGAGAGCCAACAUGGGCAUGGGAAUGAAGCUCUCGGAUAUGGGUGGCAGCGGCAGCGCCAGCCCUGCAGGUGGACUGCGCCGAGCCGGUGCUCCUUCUUUCACAGCAGGAAUGCCUGGAAAUGGCCCAGCGAGCGUUCCCAAUGGCAAGCCUUCACUGGGAUCCAAACUAGACGACUUCAAGAAGUACAUCGAUACAGAGAAGGGCUGGAUUACUUUUGACGGUGCCGCUACGAUUACCCGGACGGGAGUCAACUUUUCGAACGGUCAGACCUUCAGCAUAUCGCUGGAUGAGGUGGAAAUAAUAGACGAGCUCGGAAAGGGCAAUUACGGAACCGUAUACAAGGUCAAGCAUGCGAAGCCGACUGUGCCGCGCUUUGGUCAAGGUUUAUCUGGAGCCAAGCUGGCACCCCAUCCACACCGUAGUCAAUCGGACUCGGCGGUCCCAGAUGCUGCAAGCGCGCUGGACGGACGGACCGGUAAAGUCAUGGCGAUGAAGGAAAUUCGACUCGAGCUCGACGACGCCAAGUUCACCACUAUUCUCAAGGAGCUAGUCAUAUUGCACGAGUGUGUGUCUCCAUUCAUCAUCGAUUUUUACGGAGCUUUCUUUCAGGAGGGCGCUGUUUACAUGUGCAUUGAAUACAUGGAUGGUGGUUCCAUUGAUAAGAUCUACGCCGGAGGCAUUCCCGAAAACGUACUGCGCAAAAUUACCUACUCAGCCAUCAUGGGCCUCAAGUCACUGAAAGACGAGCAUAACAUUAUCCAUCGCGACGUAAAGCCGACGAAUAUCCUGGCCAACACGCGAGGCCAGAUCAAGAUCUGCGAUUUCGGCGUCAGUGGGAAUCUUGUGGCUAGCAUAGCCAAGACAAACAUUGGAUGCCAGAGUUACAUGGCGCCCGAGCGGAUAUCCGGAGGUGCCAUGGCACAACCAGGCAGCGCGGACGGCACCUACAGUGUCCAGAGCGAUGUUUGGAGUUUAGGCCUGACAAUCAUAGAGUGCGCCAUGGGCCGAUACCCAUACCCACCUGAAGCCUCGUCCACCAUUUUCAGCCAGUUGAACGCAAUCGUCGAAGGCGAACCGCCAGCCAUGCCUGAUGAGGGUUACACGGAUCUGGCAAAGGAUUUUGUCAAGAGCUGUCUGCAUAAGAUCCCCAAGAUGCGGCCGACGUACGCUAUGCUGCUCAAGCAUCCCUGGAUUCAAUCCUUAUCCAAGCCGGAAACAAUUACCGAAGAAUCCGAAGACGGUGAGGCCGCAGAAAAGAUAGCAGAGGCGGUGGGACAUAUAGAUCUAAACUCGGGCACCGAAGAUGCCGAGGUUGCUGAAUGGGUCAAGUCGGUGCUGAAGAAGAAUGCGGAAGGGCAUAACGGUGACGGUCCUAGCAAGCCAGCACUUCAUGCCGCGCCUCUCGACAGCAUUAGCCCCUUGGGAAGCCCUGUUAUCAACCAAAGUCUAUGAAGUACUGACACACGAAUUACUUGAAGUCCCAAAAGACAGAAACAAGGAGGGGAAAAACAUACGAGGGAUGGAGUAGAAACCUGUUUGCCCCAAUCGCACCGUUAGGCCAAGUAUUUAGCCUCGUUGGGCUGGCCUACCAAAAAGCAAGGAGUCGGCGCCAUGACAUAUGCCAACAGGAGCUGGUAUCUGAGUUGGUUGAAUUUAUCGACAAGAAUCAGAUCAAAGUAUCAAAAAGCGAAGGGGGGGGAAGUGAAGGACGGAGGAGUCAUUAACGAUUGUGUUGAUGACUCUUCCUCUGUACAAUUUAAGCAAAAGGGGUCAUGAAGAGUGAGAGAAAAAGAAGAGCUGUUCACGUUCUCCUCUCCAAUCACUGCAAAAUAGUCGCCUGCAUGUACACACAGCAACAACUUACCUACCUACUUACCUAUUGGCCCCAAAUUUUCUUAGACGGGGGGAUUUUUGUUUUUUUCAUCAAAGGGAGCUAUAAGCGGAUGAUACUCGAACUUUUUUUUCUUCUUCUUCUUCUUCUUCUUUGUUUCAUUUGCUCCAUCAUGGCACAAAUCUCUUCGUCUUCUUCUUCUUCUUUCGGCCUCCUUUUUUUUUAUCAUAUCUUAUAUAUAUAUACAUGUUUUCUUUUUGUAGGCGAAGCGGGGAUGGAAUGGACUGGGAUGGAAGGGGGGGGAUGCUAGGCAUGGUGUAUACGGCGGGAAGGAUUUUGGGAGUUUUGUACGUAUAUGAAGACAAACAAGGCCAAGAACACGAGGGCAAGCUUGCAAAGUAAUUAUUAUAUCAUUCAUGUAUAUGAUUGAUCAA